AUGGCUGUGGGAGUCUGGAUUCUUCCAUGGGUGGUCAGGGCACUGCCACUCUUGCUGUGUGUUGGACCCUCGGCUGAAGGUGGGAAGGUGCUGGUGGUGCCCAUGGAGGGCAGCCACUGGCUCAGCAUGAAGAAGGCUGUACAGGAGCUCUAUGCCAGAGGCCACCAGGCAGUCGUCCUGGCACCUGAGGCCAAUCUGCUUAUAAAGGAAGAGGACUUCUUCACUCUGAAAACCUACGCCUUUCCGUACACCCAGGAGCAACUUGAAGAAAAUUUUCUGCAACAUAGUCACCAGAUUUUUGUACCUGAACAUUUUCUGAAGACAUUUUUUAGAGCUUUGGAAAAUCUGCAAAACAUGGUUUCAAUGCACCAAAAGUCUUGUUCGGACCUUAUGUAUAACAAGGACCUGAUCAAGUAUCUGAAUGAGAGCUCCUUUGAUGCUGUUUUAACGGACCCUGUUAACCCCUGUGGGGCGGUACUAGCUCAGUACCUGUCAAUUCCUGCUGUGUAUUUUUUGCGUUUCAUCCCAUGUGAAUUGGAUUUUGCGGCCACACAGUGUCCAAAUCCACCUUCCUAUAUUCCUAGGUUUUUAACAAGGAAUUCAGACCACAUGACAUUUCUACAGAGGGUUAAGAACAUGCUCUACCCUCUGGCUCUGAAGUACAUGUGCUAUGUUUCUUAUGCUCCGUAUGCAAGCCUUGCCUCUGAGCUCCUCCAGAGAGAGGUGUCUGUGACAGACAUGUUCAGCUAUGGGUCAGUGUGGCUGUUCAGAGGAGAUUUUGUGAUGGACUACCCGAGGCCAGUCAUGCCCAACACGGUCUUCAUUGGGGGCAUAAACUGUGUCAGCAGAGAACCACUGUCUCAGGAAUUUGAGGCCUAUGUGAACGCAUCUGGAGAGCAUGGGAUCGUGGUUUUCUCUUUGGGGUCAAUGGUCUCGGAGAUCCCAGAGCAGAAGGCAAGGGAAAUCGCUGACGCUUUGGGAAAAAUCCCUCAGACGGUCCUGUGGCGGUACACCGGAACCAGGCCUUCUAAUCUCGCCAAGAACACGAUACUUGUGAAGUGGCUGCCCCAGAACGAUCUGCUCGGUCACCCGAAGACCCGUGCCUUCAUCACGCACUCUGGCUCUCAUGGUAUCUAUGAAGGCAUUUGCAAUGGCGUGCCCAUGGUCAUGAUGCCCUUGUUUGGAGACCAGAUGGACAAUGCCAAGCGCAUGGAGACCCGGGGAGCGGGAAUCACGCUGAAUGUCCUCGAAAUGACGUCUGACGACUUAGCAAAUGCACUGAAGGCAGUCAUCAAUGAUAAGAGCUACAAGGAGAACAUAAUGCGACUGUCCAGCCUUCACAAGGACCGACCCAUGGAGCCGCUGGACCUGGCCGUCUUCUGGGUGGAGUUUGUUAUGAGGCACAAGGGUGCCCCACACCUGCGCCCCGCGGCCCACGACCUCACCUGGUACCAGUACCACUCCCUGGACGUCAUCGGCUUCCUGCUGGCCAUAGUGCUGGUGUCGACCUUCAUCACCUUUAAAUGUUGCGCCUUUGGUUGCCGGAAAUGCUUUGGGAAAAAGGGGCGAGUUAAGAAAACUCACAAAUCCAAGACACAUUGA